AACAGCAGAUUGACAAAGAUACGAGACGGGGAAAACGAUCAAAAUUGCACCCCUUAGUCUUGUGCAUGCCACGUGCUCAAACUUGCAUAAAACGAACCUUCGCCUCCCCGUAGAAAAUACAGCGCCCUGUGAGUUAAGAUUUGAAGCUUCUGCUUCUUCUCGUAUUGACCGCAUUUCUCAUUCUGGCUGUGAUGCAGGAGGAUAAGAGCUACCUAGUCGUUGCAGGGAAGUCACUUCUUUUUGGUGGCACACCUGAGAACACACUGGACAUAAGCGGGCGUUGACAUCCACAUCGUCCUCACGUUCAUCAACUACGAAGAGUCGACAUGCCGAGCACGGGACAUGUUCCAUCGCUGUCAGCUCUCCAGCCCCCGCACGACAACGCCCACAACCAUCACAACCCUGCAAAGGACCAGUACCGGGUCGUGGUACUCGGGGCAGCUCGAGUGGGCAAGACAGCCAUCGUACAUCAGUUCCUCUACGACGAGUUCCCCGCGGACUACUUCGCAACUGUGGAAGAGUUCCACACGGGCGAAUACGAGCUGAACGGUGCCUCGCUCAACCUAGACAUCGUAGACACGAGUGGCAGCUACCCGUUCCCAGCCAUGAGGCGUCUGGCCAUCACCACUGCCGACGCGUUCGUGCUUGUCUACGCCAUUGACGACCCGGACUCAUUCGAAGAGGCUCGCCGCAUCCACGACCAGAUCACCGACCUACACUCGGCCAAGGCGCCCGUGGUCGUGGUGGGCAACAAGUGCGACAUGCCCUCCGCGACGCGUCGUGUCCGAGGUGAAGUCGCCGAGACCAUCAUCACCAUCGACUGGGAGAAUGGAUUUCUUGAAUGCUCAGCAAAAGAGAACAUUAAUGUGUUCGAAAUCUUCAAAGAGCUCCUAGUCCAGGCCAAGAUCCCGUACGACUUGAAUCCGGCCGUCGUGAAUAAGAGGCGUCGCUCGCUUCCUGUGUACCCGACCAGUCCGAGCAUCAAGGACAAGACGCUGCUCAAGAGGAACAGCUGCGCUGUUUCGUAGCUGCGUGGAUGUGAUGUCUAGUGUGACGUGGGCUUUUGUGCACCUGCUGGUGUCUACUGUGGCCAUGGUACAGCUCCCCACGCACUUCUUUGGAACUCAGAAGACGAACUCGGAGGCGAAAGGUACAAUAACACUGAUGUGUUAACGACGAACGUCUCCUACCAGAAGGAAUGACGAUAAUGGACUACAACCACCUUGCAGGAGAGAACAAUUGUGCCACACUGUACUUCUCGUGAAAGCUGUGAACAAACGAAAGAACCUUGAUUCUUAAGAGAUAUGCCGACGUAUGCGUCCGCCAUAAUAUUCAACACUACAUGCGCUCCCAAAUGUAUUCGGUAAAGUUGCGAAAAGACGAACAUCAGCUGUGAAAACCUCGUGUGUGCGUACAUGUAUCCUACCAACACGGAGAUAACAUAGGUUUUCACAGGCGCAAAAAUAUCUGUAUUUCGUCAACACAGCGGUAGCUGCCUGCUGUCGAUUACGUGUCUAAGAAUGUUUGCGAUGCAAUUUAGGAGCAAAUAAGUUCAGCAGCCUUGUCACUUGACGUCACCGUUCUCUGCAGAAUAAAGAAGCCUAA